AUGCAGAAUUGCAAGCCAUGCGAUCAUUGGUGCGCUGAUCAAAUUCCCGAUGAAGAUAAUAACGUUCGCGACAAAGGCUGUAUGUAAGUGUAAUAAAAAAACCUUCGUUUAAUGUAAAAACGAUUUAGAUGAAAAAAAAAAUAUGUGAUCUGCAGAGCUCCGUCACUUAAGUCAAAUCCCCCCUUUACUAUUUGUAUUAUAGAAAUAGAAAUAUUAUUUGCAAAAAGGAGACGUUCAAAUCUCGGUAAUGUAAAAAUCUCACCGAAUUAAUCUCGCACCUUAGAGUACAUUUAUAAUACAAGUCGUAUAUAUAUAUAUAUUUAAUCUGACUACCCUAGCAAUUAUUCUGUAUGACCAUUUGAGCAGUUUCAGCUAUCUUAAAAUUUAUUGAUGUAGCGAAACAUAAAAAAGCGACUUAACCUAACCAGGGGCAAAGUACUUCUAUUAUAAAUGCCGAACAAUUAAUCAGAACCUCGCCCCUCCUCUCGUUAUUUAAUCUAUAUCUACGUCUCUGCCACCCUAGCUCCCUCACUAAUAAUCAUCCAUAUUAUAUCUUAUCUAUUCAAUAGAGGAUAAUUAACACGUUCAAAAAUUAGAAUUAGAAUAGCAAUGAUAUGCAAACUUCGUAACACGAUUGAAGAUAAAUCGUUCUUCAUAAUAGCGGUUAAGAGGACGCCAUACCUUCGCAUGAUGUGUUGUCUCUCCCAUGGUCUUAUAUAACCGUACGACUUAAGAAAAUGUUCGUAUAACUCUGUGCCGUUAGUUUUAAUAUUAUAGUGAAUUAAUUAAUUGAUCUAUUAUCAAGAUAAGUCUCUAUAUUUGCAGUAAAAACUGAACAAAAAUCGUGUAAGACUAGACGUGUAUAAUUGAAAUAUGUAGGUACAUUAAUUUUGUAGUUUACAAACCGAUAAAAAUAAUUUUUCACUAAGCGGUCUGGCAAUAAAUUAAACGUGGCAAAAAAUUAUAAUUAUAAUAUAUGCCCAGGUAAAAACAAAAUAUUGCGGCGAUACUUUUUUCUUGUGCGAGACGAGAAGAGCACAAUAAUAAUUAUUAAUCGUUAUAAGUAUAUAAUAUUUCAGAACCAAUUGUCAACAACCGGAAACUUUCGACGAUACAAUAAUAAAUAAUAACGAGGCCAAAAACAUGAUACGGCAAAUGGAAAUCUGUAGGAAACGCGAACAAUGUUUAAUUAACAUGAAUUGUCAGCUCCAAGCCGAACUCGAAAAAUCGGUAAGUUGAAAUUAUCAACAUCCAAUUUUUAUUUCAGUUAGUGUAUUUUUAUAUUUGUUAGGUAUAUCUAUAAUACUAAAUUGUUUUCAUAUUAUAGAUUCAAAAAAACUUAUUUAUGGAACAGUGUAUAACAGUAAGUUACAAUAGUACCUACUAAUCGAUAUUUGAAACAAUAAAUCUAGUUUACACGGACCUAGUUUAAUUUUUUUUUUUUUCAAUAACGAAUUUGAAUGUUUUUUUUUUUGAAAAUUGCCGGUCGUAAUUAGAUGGGUACUUUUCGAAUUAUAGUGGAAAGCCCCUAAAAUUUGGAAUUUUUUGUAAAUCGUUGACUUCUUAAUAUUUUUUAAAUGGUUUAAAUUUGUGUGUUUUUGUCGAAUGUUCCCCCAAAAUACAGAUAGUAUUACGCUGUAUUGUGUCUGUCAUAUAGGUGUAUAAUAUAUCUAUAUAUAGUAGGUAUCUGUCUUGCGGUACAUUUGGGCACUUUUAGCAGUUUCCUCAGAAAAAAAAAACUCAAACUCAGGAAUUAGAGUUUUUUUUACUCUCGGAUUGAAGUAAUUAAAUUUUAAUUAUAUUUCAAUACGAACUUAACUACGUUGUUGCGGAAGGGUGGUGUUUUUUUUUAGCUUUUUGCACCUCUAAUUACCCUCAAAUAAAGCCAGGGGGGAUGACAUUUUGUAUUUGUAUGGUGUAAGUAUUAUUGAUGUGCCUUUUGGCAAUUUCAACUUUCAACUUCUUUCCCGCCCCUUUUUUUUAUGCUCAGGUUUCAUGUUUUCACAGGAAAUUGAGGAUUUUAAAUCACCUUACAGAAUCGUGAAAUUAAGUACCUAAGUAACUUGGUUAAAAUUUGUGUACAUAAAUAGAAUUAUUGUCGAAGAUGCCAUUGGAAGGUUUGAACUUCUAACUACCGAUUCCACUGUCUGUAUGUUAGCCAAAAUUUCAAGAAUAUUUGUCAUCUCGCCGCCAGAUAUUUCCCUUUUUUAUAUUAUAGAGUGCUAUCUAUUUAUUAAAAAUUUAUUAGUUUAUCAGUUAUCAAUUUGCUUAAAUAAAAAAAUCAUUCCUCUAGUAGUGUAGCUUUUAGUUUUUACCGACGGUUGAGUUAAUUCUACUAGAGUAGGUUACGCAUUUAUUUUUCCCGAACUCCGUAUUAAAUCGGCUGCCAUCAUUUCUUUAUGUUUCUGCGUUCACAGCUGAAUGCAGUGAAUUAGAAUCUCUCACUUGCAUCAGGGGUCGCUCCCUCCGGGUAAUUUCCUCAUAAUAUCUAAUUUACAAGCUAGCUAAUGUGUUUAAUUAUUAUCGGUUUUUUUUUGAUUAGAUAGCUAUAUUAAAAAUUUGUUCUAUACAACUAUACUUGUGUUGUUCAUUGCCAGUCCCGUUCACAUUUAAUUCCCGUUGGUUCCUGGCCAUCAAUUAGCUAAUUAUAAUUGGCAUCUUGGGUAACGAGCGAGGUGAUAUCCUAGUUAGCUCAACGACUAAUGCACAUCUGUCAUGUCCUACACUGUGCUCUUACUCUGACCUAAUUCCUAUCUUCCGUCGUUUAAUCAGGAAUUUAUGGAAGCAGAAAUGGGAAUGUUUAUUUGAAAUUUACGCUUCUGUUUACAAACUAGUGGCCCUUAAUAUCACAUGGAGAUGCAUUUAUGGUUUCAAAUCACUUUUGAUCACAUCAGUGAUUCUUUAAUAAUUGUAAUGUUUACUAAGGCUGCGCAUGGGUUACAACAUGCUGCCGAAAAAUGUGUAUACCUACAUACAAUAAUUUAAAUAUCAACAACAGUUAUUACUGUACCCUCACUAAUUGCGGUGGGAAUGUUUGUGAUUUCCUUCACUUAUUAAUUUACUCUUCUUUUCUUAUUUUUAAUAGGUUAAAUUUAAAAAGCUUUUUUUCAUCUUUACACACCAACUUUUUCUAUGCCAAUACCAUGUCUUCCAAUAACUGAACCCUAAUUAAUGAGACUUAAGAAGUUUGUUCACCAAAGUGGCUUAAUUACGGAAUUUGAAUGUUUUUAGUUGUCGACAUUUUGUAAUUUACCUAUGUUUAAAUUGCAAUAAAUAUGUGUAUAUUUAUAUAUAUAUAUAUAAAAAAAAAAAAAAAUAGUAACUAAGUAUGAGUGGUAAUUUUUGAAAACAUCACGAGUUAAAGACUUUCAGUACCGUUAAGAUUAACUGAAAAUUACCUAGGUAUCUAUUGAAAAACAAACAUGUUAAAAGAAAAUCACAAAAUUAGAUUUUUUUUUAGUAUACAACAUUUUUAGAGCUAGUAAAUUUUUAUUCCACAUUUUAUUAUAUUUAUAAUAAUAUUGAUCAUAUUCUCGUUUUAUACAUAUAGUGUCCAUACAUCGUUAACAAUAAUGGCAAGAUAAAGUUUCCCGGUAAAAGCGAUUUGGUAAUGUAUUAUAUAUCUACCUAUCUUCUUAAUCUAUAAUAUGUUAAUUGCACUAAAUAUUAUAUUUUAUACCUAGAUAUACAAAUUUAUGGAUACUUAUUGAUAGCAGACACCACUCAAUAUAAUUUAUUAAUUUGAUUACAGGACAAAAAGUUUGAUUGCAUGUUCGAGAUGUUGAUAAAUAUAGAAAAAGACUUGAAGACUGCUCAAGAGGACAAUUGCCUUGCCGCUAAAUUGGAUAAAGUGCUGCAUUUAACGUUGUCAAGAUGUUCUGACAAUUGUGACAAUAAAUAA